AGCCUGUGAACUUAUGAAUCAAGGCAUCUUGGCCCUAGUCAGCUCCAUUGGCUGCACUUCUGCAGGGUCCCUCCAGUCUUUAGCAGAUGCCAUGCACAUCCCUCACCUUUUCAUUCAGCGCUCAACAGCCGGGACUCCAAGAAGUGGCUGUGGACUCACCAGGAGCAACAGGAAUGAUGACUACACCCUUGCAGUUCGCCCACCUGUGUACCUGAAUGAUGUUAUCCUAAGAGUAGUCACAGAGUACGCCUGGCAGAAAUUCAUAAUAUUCUAUGACAGUGAAUAUGAUAUCCGUGGAAUACAGGAGUUUUUGGACAAAGUAUCUCAGCAAGGAAUGGAUGUUGCACUUCAAAAGGUAGAAAACAACAUCAAUAAAAUGAUCACCACUCUCUUUGAUACCAUGAGGAUAGAGGAAUUGAAUCGCUAUCGAGACACUCUAAGGAGAGCCAUCCUUGUGAUGAAUCCUGCCACAGCCAAAUCCUUCAUUAGUGAGGUUGUGGAGACUAAUUUGGUUGCUUUUGACUGUCAUUGGAUCAUUAUAAAUGAGGAAAUAAAUGACGUGGAUGUACAAGAACUUGUAAGAAGGUCAAUUGGAAGGUUAACAAUUAUUCGGCAGACAUUUCCAGUACCCCAGAAUAUAAGUCAGCGAUGUUUCCGUGGCAACCAUCGAAUAUCUUCAACAUUGUGUGAUCCAAAGGAUCCAUUUGCUCAGAACAUGGAGAUUUCAAACCUCUACGUAUAUGACACGGUGCUUCUUCUUGCUAAUGCUUUUCAUAAGAAGUUGGAGGACCGAAAGUGGCAUAGCAUGGCAAGUUUGUCAUGUAUCAGAAAGAAUUCCAAGCCCUGGCAGGGAGGGCGUUCCAUGCUGGAAACCAUCAAGAAGGGUGGAGUUAAUGGCUUGACUGGAGAGUUGGAAUUCGCAGAAAAUGGCGGUAACCCCAACGUCCACUUUGAAAUUCUUGGAACUAACUAUGGAGAGGAGCUUGGCCGAGGUGCUCGCAAACUUGGGUGCUGGAAUCCUGUCACAGGUCUGAAUGGGUCACUGACUGACAAGAAACUGGAGAAUAACAUGCGUGGAGUAGUUCUACGUGUGGUGACUGUUCUGGAAGAGCCUUUUGUUAUGGUUUCUGAAAAUGUGUUGGGAAAGCCAAAGAAAUAUCAGGGCUUCUCCAUUGAUGUUUUGGACGCCUUAUCAAACUACCUGGGUUUUAACUAUGAAAUCUAUGUUGCACCGGAUCACAAAUAUGGAAGUCCACAAGAGGAUGGGACGUGGAACGGACUGGUAGGAGAGCUAGUUUUUAAGAGAGCCGACAUAGGGAUUUCUGCUUUAACCAUCACUCCAGAUCGUGAGAAUGUGGUGGACUUCACAACACGUUACAUGGACUACUCAGUAGGAGUCUUACUUGGAAGAGCUGAAAAGACAGUGGAUAUGUUUGCCUGUCUUGCACCAUUUGAUCUGUCUCUGUGGGCCUGCAUUGCUGGGACAGUCCUUCUGGUGGGUCUACUAGUCUACCUCUUGAACUGGCUUAAUCCCCCACGAUUACAAAUGGGAUCAAUGACAUCUACUACACUCUACAACUCCAUGUGGUUUGUGUAUGGAUCCUUUGUUCAGCAAGGUAAGGAGAAAAGUGCAUUUUAG